GUGACCGUGAUGUCACUUCUUAUCUGGGUACAACUCAGUACACACACAGUCACACUUCUCCGGGAGUAGCAGCUACUGCUUGCAGGAAGAGUGUAACAUGUCGCCCGGCAGCAGUGAGAGUGCAGCAGGGGGGGAGACAGGUGAUAAACACAGUCUCACAAUGAAGAUCAAGAGCAUCCUAAGGAAAUACGAUGUCGGCAGCCGAUACACCCACUUUUCUCUUCCAAAAGCCUCGGUUCUGCUACCCCUAUUAAUUAGACAGGGCAAACUGCAUCUGCUGCUGACUGCCAGAUCAAUGAACCUGAAGACAAUGCCAGGAGACGUGUGCUUUCCUGGUGGGAGACAAGAACCUUCAGACCAAAAUGACAUCCAGACAGCACUAAGGGAAAGCAAAGAGGAGAUCGGACUAUGCCCUGAGCAGGUAGAAAUUGUUGGCAAGCUGGUCCCUUAUAUUUCAAAGGCUCCCACGUACCUGAUUACUCCGGUUGUUGGGAUUGUAGAUGACACAUUCCAGCCCGCACCAAACCCCUCUGAAGUCACCGAUGUCUUCCUUGUUCCCCUGGAAUUUUUCAUCAGCUCGGACCACUACACACCUCUGCAUUUAAUCAAGCCAUACUUUGGAGCACACAUUAUUCACCGAUUCCGUUACCAGGACGUAGACACUAAGAAAGUAUUUAAUAUAUGGGGACUAACAGCUCACUUUGCAUUACUGCUUGCAGUUAUCCUUCUGGAAAAGGGUCCAUCGUUUGAUUUGGAGUUUGAUCUGGAAAGCAGACUUCAGGGGUGUGAGAAGGCUCUCCAAGACUUCCACCAUCAGAGUAAAUUGUAGCCAGUCACAUAUAGAGGGCGUUAACCUGCUGCACUGGAAAUCAAUUGUGUCUUAUUGUCAAUGUAAAGAAACUCCUUUAAUAGUGAUCCAUUCAUUUAGGUAUAGUGGGGGUAAUUCCAAGUUGAUCGCAGCAGGAAAUUUUUUAGCAGUUGGGCAAAACCAUGUGCACUGCAGGGGGGGUAGAUAUAACAUUUGCAGAGAGAGUUAGAUUUGGGUGGGUUAUUUUGUUUCUGUGCAGGGUAAAUAUUGGCUGCUUUAUUUUUACACUGCAAUUUAGAUUGCAGAUUGAACUCACCACACCCAAAUCUAUCUCUCUCUGCACAUGUUAUAUCUGCCUCCCCUGCAGUGCACAUGGUUUUGCCCAACUGCUAACAAAAUUCCUGCUGCGAUCAACUUGGAAUUACCCCCAGUCUUCCAAUCUUUACACCAGGGGGUGCUAUCACCAAAUAGUUGUAGCCGGUUACCUUGGUAACGCACUCAGUGAAAUUGAAUCUUUUUAUUUUUAUUUUUAUUUGACGUUAAAAACGAACAAUAAGUAAUUUCAGCGAAUAUAGUUAAUACAUAAAGAAUUUGUAAAAUAUAAGGAAAAAUCCAUUAAUAAUAUCACAAUUGUGUAUCUUGUGGCACUGAAUUAUCUUAGAUGUGCUCACAACUGUGUGUAUGGAUAAUCUUCCACUGUCGCUAUUUAUAAAUAAGGUGAGAGUCUAAUUACAUUAGUGGAUCGUGAUCCUAUAUGUAUGAUGUAACGCCGGCUAAUUGUUCCGGUACUUUAUUAUGUCAGGUAUCCGAAACAUUAUUAUUCCCACUCUGAUUAGGGGGAUUGAGCCUAAUAUGUCCUUUUGCACUUUCUUAAAUUUAAUUUAGAUGUUUCUCCAAGACUGCUAAUGAUGUUGUGUGUAACUAUGUUUUCUCAUUACAUUCACUCUCACAGAUGUAAUCGUGUGAGAAAGGAGAUCACUUUUUCUUUUCUUUUCCAGGUAGACCAGGUUGUGUUUUGCACACAUCAGUGGCAGAACUGAUCCUCCCUUGCCAGAGUAUGGCCUCCAAUGUACCCCAUUAAGGGGUAAAUUUACUAAGGUGGGAGUUUUUUUUAGAAAUGGUGAUGUUGCCCAUAGCAACCAAUCAGAUUCUAUCUCUAUAUCUUCUGGAAGCAGCUAGAUAAAUGUUAAGUAGAAUCUGAUUGGUUGCUUUGAGCAAUAUCACCAGUUCUAAAAAACUCCCACCUUAGGGGUAAAUUUACUAAGGGGGAUAAUCAAUUAAGUGCCGUUUUUUCGACUGGUCGAAAAAACGGCACUAAUUUGACACAGGGUAUUCAAUUGCAGGCAUUUUCGUCCGUUUUUUUUUUUUUAACCCAUUUUCACCCAUGCCGUUUCACUUUUUUUUUUUUUGUCGAAUCUGCAUGGGCAAAAAUUGCACCAAAAAUGGGCGAAAACGGCAAAACACGCAUAUCAGCGGCAAAUUCACUGAUACACAUGGUUUUCGCCAGUGACAAAUUUUUCGAAAAGUCUAAAAAAACAACACGGGCAUUGAAUAGGUUGAAUGUAAAUUCGACCUAAAAAUGGGCGAAAUUUGUUCUUUUUUUGACUGGUCAAAAAAACAGCACUAAUUGAAUACCUCCCUAAGUGUCUGAGUUCACAACCACUCCUGUGAUGCCGCCAUAUUCGUGCACCUGCCAGUCACCGUCCAGUAACGCCCAAUUCAUUCCACAUUCUGUAUGCAAGUGCUAUGCGAUGCAUGCGCCAUGCAACUUUUUACAGAUUUAGAUUCACGUGCAGUUGCAUAAGUUGCUAAUUUAUAUGAACUUUGGCGCUGUGUGCAACUCAGCCUCAGUCUGAUAACCGUUGUAUCAGAGAGCUCUCUCCCUGAUACGUCAAUCUCUAUGUAUUCCGUAAUCUAAUGGCAUAGUGUAUUUAUUAUAAAGGAAAAAAAUAGGGGCGCUUAAUGUAUUAAAAUAAAUUGUUAGCAAACACCUGUAAAUAGAAAAAUUAAUACAGCACUUUUUUGUGCCUGUGCAGAUGUCCGUUGGUGGGUUCCGUGUGUGAGCCGUGUAUUUAUUCAUGCAGUAUCAAAUGUAAUAAAGCAGUUUGUUAAUAUGUCUCAUUUAA